AUGAAGCGAUCAGAUGCUUCAACAAUUUCUGUUAUAGUUGCUGUGCCUCUCAAUUUGAAAAUUCUUUUCACCGGAAGACCUAGAACGUAUACUGAGUUUCCACUCAGUUGUUCCAAUCAAAGCAUAACUGCGUCAUGUAUGAUCAGCAGUGCAUUUGAAGCCAAUAAAUCAUCAGCUAUGGCAUGCCCAGAUCACUUCCGAUGGAUCCACGAAGAUCUACGACCGUGGACGAAUUCAGGAAUCUCGAGGGACACGUUAGAAAGAGCUAAAAAAUACGCACAUUUUAGACUGGUGAUCAUCGAGGGCAAGACUUAUGUGGAAAAAUACAGCAAGGCAUAUCAAACAAGAGAUUUGUUCACAAUAUGGGGUAUUUUGCAACUUCUGAACUUGUACCCUGGGAAGAUACCAGACUUGGAGCUGAUGUUUCGAUGUGGAGAUAAGACUGUGAUACAGAAAUAUGACUUCCAGGGACCAGAUGCCAUGUCUCCCCCGGGCAUAGUUAAAGGCAGUGAGGAGAUUAAGUGGCAGGAUAGGGAACCAUAUGCCUAUUGGAGGGGGAACCCCUAUGUCUCUCCAAACAGGGAAGACCUUCUGAAGUGCAAUGUCUCGAACAAAUAUGACUGGUUUGCUCGCAUCUAUGAACAGGCAAGUGUACUUCUUCUGCCCAUUAGAAGUAGAAGCUUGGUACCAAUGCAGCACUACUGGCCCAUUAGGGCCAACAACAAGUGCAAAGAUAUCAAGUUUGCAGUAGAAUGGGGCAAUAACCACAAUGUUGAUGCUCAGGCCAUUGGAAAGGCAGGAAGCAAAUUUAUUCAGGAAAAUCUCAAAAUGGAAUAUGUGUACGAUUAUAUGUUUCAUUUGCUGAAGGAGUAUGCGAAACUCCUGAAAUUCAAGCCAAAAAUACCUGCAGGAGCGGUAGAGGUCAGUUCUGAAGCAAUGGCAAGUUCUGAGGAUGGUUUGUGUAAAAUUUUCAUGGAGGCAUCAAUGGUGAAAUCUCCCAGUGAUGCACUUAUUCCAUGUACCAUGCAUAAGCCUCCUCCGUAUGAUCCUAGUACCCUUCAAAACAACUUCGAGAGAAAAGAGAAGAUAACAAAGCAUGUUGAGAUGUGGAAGACUGAGGAUUGGGAAAAUCUAAAUAAAAAAACAAUAGAAUCCGCUUCGCUCUUCAAGAGAUUGAAUAGGAAUACAAGCCAGGCCCGCCUGAGCCACGUCAGGCAAGACUGGAACCUGUCUGGUGUGGAAGUAGUCCUCCUUCUCACUCAAUCCAACCAGAUCGGAUCUGGUAGGGACGCAGGUGGCGGGACAAGGUAUUCUGGACCGGAUGUUGGUGCAUUAAAACCCAAACCUAACCCGACUAGUUGCCAUCCUUAG